CUUAUGAAUAUUUAGGUUCGAAGGGAAAUCAAAACUCCCAUUCUCAAUCGACCUCUAGGCAAGUGUCUGGGUGCGACUUGUGGUUGAACUCCAUGGACUCCGACGUGACGAUGGUACCCGCCGGUGAAGGAUCUAGUUUUCCAGGACCUUCUUCCUCUUCAAAGAAACCAAAGCGUUUCGAAAUCAAGAAGUGGAAUGCCGUCUCUCUCUGGGCUUGGGAUAUUGUGGUUGAUAAUUGCGCGAUCUGCAGAAAUCACAUCAUGGAUCUGUGUAUCGAAUGCCAAGCUAAUCAGGCAAGCGCCACCAGCGAGGAGUGUACUGUUGCUUGGGGUGUCUGCAACCAUGCUUUUCACUUUCACUGCAUUAGCCGCUGGCUCAAGACUCGUCAAGUGUGCCCUCUUGACAACAGUGAGUGGGAGUUCCAGAAAUAUGGUCAUUAGAGCUAAAUUUGGAAAGUUACUGGAAAGGACACAUUAGGCUGCUGCUUUGCUAUGCUUUGUUGCCCUUUUUUGUAACAUCAUUUGAUCCCAGGAUUUUGGAUUAGUACAACAAACAUGUGUGCAGAUUCGUGAAACUGUGUUUUCAGUAUCAGUUAUCUCUUAAGGAAAUAUUGUUUGCUUCUUUUUAUUAUGGAAUUGCUUCUUAUCGACGGUUA